AUGGACGUCGACCUGAUUCAAGUCGUCAACAAGCUUCAGGAGACCUUCACUGCUAUUGGCGGUGACUCGGUCGACCUGCCCCAGAUCGUCGUUGUUGGCUCGCAAUCAGCAGGAAAGUCAAGUGUCCUCGAGACCAUAGUUGGUCGUGACUUUUUGCCGCGUGGAAGUGGCAUUGUCACACGACGUCCUCUUGUUCUCCAGCUCAUUCACACUCCUUCCGCCAAAGAUGAGACCGAGCAGAAGUCGUCCUCGCGCCCAUAUGAUCUUGCAGAUCAUCCCGAGCCCGAGCUUCUUCAUGGGCGCCAGCACGGCUCCUCCUCUGCCAGAUCACCUACCUACGAAGAGUACGGAGAGUUCCUUCAUCUCGACAAGCGAUUCACCGACUUCAACGAAAUCCGACGUGAAAUCGAAAACGAGACUUUCCGUGUAGCUGGGCAGAACAAGGGUGUCUCCAAACUCCCUAUUCACCUCAAGAUCUACAGCCCCAACGUCCUCAAUCUUACCCUCGUCGACUUGCCCGGUCUCACCAAGAUCCCUGUUGGUGAUCAGCCUUCCGACAUUGAGCGCCAGAUCCGCAACCUCGUCACUGACUACGUCUCCAAGCCCAACUGCAUCAUUCUCGCCGUCAGCCCGGCAAAUGUCGACCUUGCCAACUCGGACAGUCUGAAGCUCGCCCGUACUGUCGACCCCCAGGGACGACGUACCAUUGGUGUCUUGACCAAGCUCGACCUUAUGGACCAGGGCACCCACGCACUUGACAUCCUCACUGGUCGCGUCUACCCUCUCAAGCUUGGCUUCAUCGGUGUUGUAAACCGAUCUCAGAAGGACAUCAACGGCAACGUGUCCAUGCUUGCAGCUCGACGAGCUGAGCAGGACUUCUUCCGCUCCCAUGCCGCCUACAAAAACAUUGCCCACCGAUGCGGUACAAAGUACCUCGCCAAGACCCUCAAUCAGGUGCUCAUGAGCCACAUUCGCGACAAGCUCCCAGACAUGAAAGCACGUCUCAACACGCUCAUGGGCCAGACACAGCAGGAGCUCGCCGCUUUCGGCGACACCACUUUCCUCGGUGACCAGCAUCGAGGCUCGCUCGUGCUCAAGCUCAUGACUCAAUUCGCUCGUGACUUUAUCGCUUCCAUUGACGGCACCACUUUCGACAUCUCCACCAAGGAGCUCUGCGGUGGUGCGCGAAUCUACUACAUCUUCCAAGACGUCUUUGGACAUGCGCUUACCAGCAUCAACCCUACCCACAACCUUACUGUGCAGGACAUUCGCACAGCCAUCCGCAACUCCACUGGUCCUCGUCCUUCGCUCUUUGUCCCCGAAGCUGCUUUCGAGUUGCUCAUCAAGCCUCAGAUCAAGCUCUUGGAACCACCGAGCUUGCGUUGCGUCGAAUUGGUUUACGAGGAGCUCAUGAAGAUCUGCCACAAUUGCACCAGUUCCGAGCUUCAACGUUUCCCUCGUCUGCACGCUCAGCUGAUCGAAGUGGUGUCCGAGUUGCUGCGCGAGCGCCUGGGACCCACUUCGGAGUACGUGCAGAGCUUGAUCCAGAUUCAGGCGGCGUAUAUCAACACGAACCAUCCUGCAUUUGUUCAUGACUCGGCCAACAUUGCACGCGAACAAAGAGAGGCACAGGCACGUAAGCAGAUUGCUAUGCUUCCUUCUUCGUCCAGACGCAAGAAUUCGUUUGAUGACCCCGCGGAUGUUUCGAAUGAUAUGUCGGAUGAGGAUGAUGGCGAUAGUGUUGGUGGCGGUAAUUCGCGCAAUUUGACUGUCAAUGGAGCAAGCUCCAAGGGGGUAGGGAAGAGGGAUAAGAAGGAACGUUCUUCUUCGACCACGCAUGACAACCGUCCUCACUUGGCAUCCGAGCCAGGAGGAGGUGGACAUCACACCAUUGGACAUGCAUUCGGCAGCUCUCUGGCCAACGGAGGCGGCAAUUCGAGUGGAGGAGCAAAAGAUACUUUCCUCAACUACUUCUUCGGUGGAGCAUCAGGACUGCCCAUGGGUGGAGUUGGACCAGCAUCUGGUUUGGGAGGCUACCACGCUCCCGCGCAACACACGCACCCACCUCGAUUGGCAGAAUACAGUCACUCUGCACGCCAACACAAACCUAACGCCAUGUCCGGUCGCAACGGUCUAGAAGGCAAUUCUGCAGCCUACGACAUGAAGUCGCUCGAUAAACAUCUUGAAGCAACGCCGAUUUCCUCGGAUGAAUAUGCACUUUCCGAUCGCGAAGAGCUGGAAACUACUUUGAUCCGAAGCUUGAUAGCUAGCUACUUCAACAUUGUGCGAUUAUCGAUUCAGGAUUUGGUGCCCAAGGCGAUUAUGCAUCUCUUGGUGAAUUUCAGCAGGGAGUCGGUGCAGAAUAGGUUGGUAGCUAGUUUGUACAAGGAGAAUCUGUUUGGGGAGUUGCUGUAUGAGGAUGAAGGCUUGACGAGUGAGAGGAAGAGGGUCAAGCAGUUGUUGGAUGCCUAUAGGGAGGCCUUUAAUACGCUGAGUGAGGUCACGUUUAAGCCUAGUGCUGGUGUAAGUAGCUAA